AUGGUUGGAACUUGGGACGUGGAGAGUACUGAGUUAGGCCAACAAAGUAGGAGUAACACUAAAGAAUCCUCUAGUAAGAACAACUUCCAUUGACUGAUGCUUCAAUUUAGCAGGUGUAACGGUGUCAUUGUCAUUGAUUUCAUGUUCUGUUCUUCCUCUCUGCAACUCCAAUUCUUUCCCUAAACUUUCCAUACUGAUUUCUUUUGUUCGAAUACUCAACAGUGUACAAAGAGAGCAAGAGAUAUUCCCCAACUUGUUCCCAAAGUAAGCUACGUUUCACCAAUUCCCCCCUUUUUCUUUUUUUGAUUCUUGCUUAUUUGCUCAACCUUUCUACAAAUUAAAACCCAGAUGGUACGUUAACGUUACUUUAUCUCCCUUUUUCAGCAAUAAUGGACAGUGUGGGCUGCUAUUUUUGUCCUUUAUCAGCACUCACCGACAUUUUUACAUUAUCAUCUAGUAUAUAACUAAGUGUUGGUUGAUUACUUGAUUUCAUCAAGUAAUGGAUCAUUUGAUCUGACAAAAUUAAGGCUUAAUUUUUCUGGGUUCUUCAAGUUUUUGUCAAUAAUGGAUGAAAAUAGGAGCAAAUAUGGUUUUUUAUUGAGCCACUUUUACACAUUUGCAUGUCUUAAACCAUUAUUUCAUAAGGAUCAUGCACGAAUUGGACAAAGGGGUUUUUCAAGAGUUGUGCAUUGCAAUGAUCCAGAUAACCCAGAAUCAAAUCAUCGAAAUUACAGGGGAAAUUAUGUGUCUACUACUAAGUAUACUCCUCUUAAUUUCAUACCUAAAUCAUUGUUUGAGCAAUUUAGGAGGGUUGCAAAUUUUUAUUUUCUCCUAGUAGCUUGUGUAUCUUUUAGUCCCUUGGCACCUUUUGCUGCUGUUAGUAUUGCCUUCCCUUUGGCUGUUGUCAUUGGAGCUACCAUGGCUAAAGAGGCUGUUGAAGAUUGGAGGCGUUUGAAACAGGAUAUAGAGGCCAAUAAUCGGACAGUUGAGUACUUUGAUGUUAAAAAUAAAGAUUUUGUAAAAACCAAGUGGAAAAAAUUAAGAGUUGGUGAUGUGAUUAAGGUGUACAAGGAUGAAUAUUUUCCAGCUGAUUUGCUCUUUCUUUCGUCAAACUAUGAAGAUGGAGUCUGCUAUGUAGAAACCUCAAAUCUUGAUGGAGAGACUAAUCUGAAACUGAAGCAAGCUUCGGAAGCCACAAUUUUCUUGCAAGAUAAAACUUCUUUGAGUCAUUUUAAGGCUGUAACAAAGUGUGAGGACCCCAAUGAAAACCUGUACGCUUUUAUUGGAACCUUAUUCUAUGAUGGAAAACAGUUUCCUCUUUCUCUGCAACAACUUCUUUUGAGAGGUUCUAAACUUCGGAAUACUGAACAUGUCUAUGGUGUGGUGAUUUUCUGUGGGCACGAAACAAAAAUUAUACAGAAUGCUACUGACCCUCCAUCAAAGCGAAGUGGAAUUGAAAAACGGUUGGAUAAAGUCAUCUAUAUACUUUUCAGUCUUCUUCUUGUGAUAGCCUUUACUGGAUCUGUUUUCUUUGGCAUUCUAACUAAAAGGGAUAUUAAUGGUGGAAAGGUGAGAAGAUGGUAUCUUCGACCAGAUGAGGCGGCUGUCUUUUUUGACCCAAAAAGAGCAAUAUUAGCGGCCUUUCUACAUUUACUGACUGAUCUCAUGCUAUAUGGCUACUUGAUUCCCAUAUCGCUGUAUGUAUCCAUUGAGGUUGUGAAGGUCCUACAGAGUAUUUUUAUAAAUCAUGAUAGGGAAAUGUAUUAUGAGGAAACUGAUAAGCAUGCUUAUGCGCGAACAUCUAAUUUGAAUGAGGAACUUGGUCAAGUUCAUACCAUAUUAUCUGACAAGACAGGUACAUUGACAUGCAACUCAAUGGAAUUUGUCAAAUGCUCCAUAGCUGGAACUUCUUAUGGCCGAGGAAUGACAGAAGUAGAGCUUGCUGUACUUAGAAGGGAAGGGCGGCCAAUUUCUUCCAGUGUCGCCGAUGAAGCAAGUGACAAACCCUUAGCUAGGCCAGUUAAAGGUUUUAAUUUUAAAGACGAGCGCCUCAUGAAUGGAAGGUGGGUCAAGGCCGAUGAGCCUCAUCGCAGUAUGAUAAUGAAUUUUUUUCGGGUGUUAGCUAUCUGCCAUACUGUCAUUCCUAGUGUUCAUGAAGAAACAGGUGAAAUCAUCUAUGAAGCUGAAUCACCUGAUGAAGCAGCCUUUGUCACUGCCGCAAAGGAACUUGGUUUUGAGUUUUUCCAGAGGACUCAGAAGAAUAUAUAUUUGCAUGAAUUGGACUAUGAGACGGAACAAAAAGUUAAGAGGUCGUAUGAACUUCUUCAUGUCCUAGAAUUCAGUAGCUCUCGCAAAAGAAUGUCUGUGAUCACCCGAAAUGAAGAAAAUAAGCUUCUCCUUUUCUGCAAAGGGGCUGAUAGUUUUAUGUUUGAGAGAUUAUCUGAAGGAGGUCACCUUUUUGAAGCUGAGACCAGAGCUCAUAUCAACAAAUUUGCAGAGGAAGGUUUAAGAACAUUGGUAAUUGCAUAUCGUGAGCUUAAUGAAGAAGAGUUUACAAAGUGGGAGGAGGAGUUGAAGAAUGCCAAAGUCUCUUUAAGUGCCAACCGGGAUGCAGUGGUUGAGGCGGCUGCAAGUAAGAUUGAAAAGGAGUUGAUUCUUCUUGGUGCUACCGGCGUUGAAGAUAAAUUGCAAAAGGGGGUGCCAGAAUGCAUCGAAAAACUUGCUCACGCAGGUAUCAGGAUGUGGGUUCUAACUGGUGAUAAGAUGGAAACAGCGAUUAAUAUUGGUUAUGCAUCUAGCUUAUUGAGGCGGGGGAUGAAGCAGAUUGUGAUCUCACUGGACUCGCCAGAAAUACUUUCUUUGGAAAAUCAGGGUGACAAAGAAUCCAUUGCAAAGGCUUGUCUGGAAAGUGUGAGACAGCAAAUAGUUGAUGCAAAGUCUCAAAUUAUUUCUCUUUACCGUUCCACGGAAAUUGGAUUGAUAAUUGAUGGGAAAUCUCUAGCAUUUGCUCUGGAUAAAAAUCUAGAAAAAUCAUUUCUAGAGGUGGCAACUGGUUGUUAUUCUGUUAUAUGCUGUCGUUCUUCGCCCAAACAGAAAGCUCUUGUGACACGAUUGGUCAAAAGGGGCACAGGUAAAACAAUAUUGGCAAUUGGUGAUGGGGCAAAUGACGUUGGCAUGAUCCAGGAGGCUAACAUUGGAGUUGGUUUAAGUGGAGUUGAAGGAAUGCAGGCCACUAUGUCAAGUGAUUUCAACAUUGCUCAAUUUCGUUUUCUUGAACGCUUGUUGCUUCUCCAUGGUCACUGGUGUUAUAGACGUAUAUCAAUGAUGAUAUGCUACUUUUUCUACAAGAAUAUUACAUUUGGGUUAACCCUCUUUUGGUUCGAAACACAUUCUUCGUUCUCUGCCCAACCCGCUUAUAAUGAUUGGUACAUGUCAACCUAUAAUGUCUUUUUCACUUCUCUUCCGGUUAUCGCACUUGGCGUAUUUGAGCAGGAUGUUUCGGCACGACUUUGCCUCAAGUAUCUUUGUUUGUAUAAGGAAGGCAUCACGAACAUUCUUUACAGCUGGCAGCGGAUACUUGGUUGGAUGUUCAACGGUCUCAUCAGUUCAAUGAUUAUCUUCUUCCUGACCACUUCUGCCCUAAAACACCAGGCAUUUCGGAGUGAUGGCCAAUCGGCUGACUACUCGGUGUUAGCGACAACCAUGUAUAGUUGUGUAGUUUGGUCUGUCAAUUGUCAAAUGGCACUCUCCAUCAACUACUUCACUUGGAUUCAACAUGUCGUCAUAUGGGGUAGUAUCGCUCUAUGGUACAUAUUCCUGCUGAUUUAUGGAAGUCUCCCUCCAACCUUCUCAAAAACAGCUUUUCGGGUUUUAGUAGAGGCUUGUGCUCCUAGUCCCUUAUAUUGGAUGGUUAUUUUCAUGGUUGUAUUAUCUUCUCUUCUUCCUUAUGUUAUUUACAGAACUAUCCAGCUUCAGUUUUGGCCAAUGCCCCAUGACCGCAUUCAGUUGAUGCAGAAGGAAGGUACAGAGGGUGAUGACAGAAACGGAACAUGACAUUUGUAUACAAUCACGCGGAUGCUGGCAUUUUGCCAAUCAUUUUUUGGAACUCAACAGAAAUGUUUAUUAAGUUUUGGAAUUUUUAGGUUGGUGUAGACGAGACGAUUAGGAUAUGCUUAUUCUGUCUUGAUUUACUUGGCUAGGAUUGCAAACAGUUGUGUAUAUUGGGGAUGUGGUCCUUCAUAGGUUGCUCAUUUGUGUUAUAUGACUAUCUUUUCUGGAACUACAUACGCUGAUCUUCCUAUUGGUGUGAGGAGAAUUGCUAAAUAACAGAUCACUUCAUCACGGAUUAUCCUGAAUGGGACAUUCAAUUGAUAAGGGCAAAAAUAUAAACAAUUUAACCAGGAAUUUUCUUCAAAAUGGACUACAAUAAGGCAAUGCUAAUGUCUUGGAAAGAUUCUAAUAUUGAGGAAUGAGAUGAAUUUUCUGAAGAAGAAUAGAAAACCAAGUCUGAUUGCUGGAUCUAAUGAAUCAACUUUUGUACCUUAUGAGGCUAAAUGCCAUUCAAGAAAUCAAUGUGCUAAGAAAGAAUAGUUCAUCAUUGUUAAUGAAUCACGUGCUAAGCAAGUAUGGAAACGGAAUAUAGAAUAUGCUGAGAUAACUAAAGAACCUAAGGGAGACUUGAUUCCUAUGUUUAACAACUAGAUGUUUUAUCGGUCCUCAUGAGAGGGAGCAAUUAGAAAUGGGCAUGACUCGAAUCUGGUUCGAAUUCAGCUAGACCCAGAUUCAAACCUUAAAUUUUUUUAUUGGACUCAAAUUCAUAGGAUCUGAAAAAUUUUGAUCCGAAUUCAGACCCUUAAGGUUUGGUGAGUCAAGGAUCUGGAUUUGAGUUUAAAAUGAAUUUUUU